UACUGCAAUGCAAUAAAGAAAAGACUCACGUGCUUUGGAUUCACCUGGGGAACUAUCAUAUACUGAGUUUUUAAAUUGAAUACUUUCCAAUUCUAUCUCCCUACCCCAAAUACUCUAUGAAUUUAUUUCAUCAACAACUUAAGCGAUUGAAGUCCUUAGUUGCUAAGUUUUUCUAUUAAGUCUCAGUAUACAUUCGUUCACUCUAUCAUAUAAUGAACAGAACUUGAUCGCAAUUAUCUUCAUUUGUGAAACAAAAUAAUUAGACAAAAAAAUAUAUUGACUGAAUUUUAUAUUACGAUGCUCUCUUUAACAAAUUCAAUAUUAACGUCUGAAAACUUUUGUUAUUUGGAUUCAACGGUUUUUACGAAAAUUGAAUCGACAAAUGAAUUAUUUUCUGAAUCAUUGAAGACAAACGACAUAUCAACUGAUUGUAAUUCACAAUCAAUCAAAACGUAUGAGAAUGAACCAAAGCUCGGACAAUUACAUAUUGAUGAUUCAACAGAGUUGUCAUUAAAAGAUAUUAUAAAAACUAUGAGCCAAUAUCAGUUGCUUCAAGAACUUUCUCUAUCAUAUUCUGUAUUAAGUGAUGAUCUUCUUACAAGAAUAUCUUGUGAUGACCGAAUAAAUCUUAAAACCAUAAAAAUUGAAGCUUAUCCUGAUACAAAACCAUUACCACGUAUCAGUGACAAUACUUGGUUUACACUACAAAAUCGAUCACCUAAUCUUAAUCUUGUUCUGACGUCAUAUUUAUCAGACGAAGAUGAUUAUGAUAUUUUACUAACUCCAUCAAUGCCUGUAACACAUUUAUUUUUUAGUGGAUCUCCUUCUGAAAUAACUAUUUGCCGGAUUGGUAAAAAUUGUCCGCGACUUGUAGAACUUAUUGUCAGUUCAUAUAAUUUUGGUACAAUCGACCAACCAUUAAUUUCCACUGCUAAAGGAUGUACAAAAUUAACAUCUAUAAGCCUUGGCGACUGUGAGCUCACAUGUUCUGGUCUCAUAGAAAUCGUUGAAAUUUGCAAAAAUCGCCUUCAAAUACUUUUCAUAUGGGAAACAUCUCUAAUAGAAGAUACCAAUUUUGACGUAAAUGAAGCAACAUUAAGAGUCUCAAGUCUUCUAGGCCGAUCAUGGACACCAGAGAGUAUUCCACCUUGGUAAUAAUUAAAAUUAAAUGUACGAAAAAAAACAUUUGUAUAUAUUUUACAUUGUUUACAAUUAUUCAAAAUUAAUAAAUUUAUUUUAAUAUAUAUAAGUAUAUAAAAUAUUUUACAAAUUCAAUAAACCUUAAAAUUUACUAUAAUACAAGAUCUGUUUUGCAACGCAAACAAAAAAAAUCUGGAUACAGUUGGCCAAGCUGCAUUGUUUAGAUGGAAGAAAGUCGUUCUUUUCUUAUAUGAGAAAAGAAAUGAUAAAAAUUAGCGCAUGCGCCAUUCUUUUCUUAAACAGAUACCAAAAUUAAAAUUUUUUAUUGCAGAUUAAAUCUGUAGAAAAAUAGUAUACACACCACGAAGGGAGGUAGACCGUCUCAAUCCUUGUUUACCACCCGUGCCUUCGGCUCGGGUAGGCAAUAACACACAUAGGUCAAAAUAUCGUACAUUCCUCCUUAGGUAAAAAUAUAUGCAUAUAUAUAACAAUCAUAAAAAAUGAAAUUAAAUAAACUACUCAUAUGACAGUCGACUCUCUCUAUGUGGCCACUUUGAAAAUGUCCUUUCCCCUCAUUUUAAAGUUUAGUCACUCCCCCACCAAUGGACAGUCAUUAAUUUUUCAAACCCUCUGUAUAUGUCCGCUAUAAUCGUACUUUCAUCCGUAUAUACAUUAGGGUGGCCCAACAAAACCGACCAUUUUUUUUCGGUUUCGCAUGAAAAUUUGUUGGCUUACGAUGUUUUAAGAAGGCUCUCCAAAAAUCAGCUCGAUAAAAAAUUUCCAUGAGGUCGCUCACGAAUUUUGAAAAUAUCAAAAAUGAUCGAAAUCCGAUUUUUUUAUUUCAAAUUUUUUUCUUUUUCGUAGCGGCAAUAGUUUAUAGUUGUGAAAUCAUGACUACGCUGAAAAUUUGAGCCCAAAAUUCAAAUAUUUAAACCUCGCUCAAGAAUUUUGAAUGUUUCCAAGUGCUGUCUUUUGGACGUUUUCGAGCGACCCGUAAAUAUUAAUAAUAAAGCUUCUCAAUUUCUUCACCAUCAAUUUGGAUCACAAUGAAUGAACAUAUAACCCGAGAUAUAGAAAUAAUAAGUCUUUUACAUACUUUUUUAUUUUUUAAUUCAAUUUGUAGGUUUUUUCGCUUAUUCAAAACUUACCAAAUUUUAUUGAUUAAGACUGUUCUCUAUAUUUUUGGUUUUGCAAAAGUUAUCUUUUACUGAAAUGACAAUAAUUGAGUUAUAAAAAAAUACCAAAACUAAUUCAAAGUAUUAGUUACACAUAUUAUCAGUUAAUAUUCAAAAUUCUUGAGCGCCGUUUAAAUAUUAAAAUUUUGGGCUGAAGUUUUCAGCAUAGUCAUGAUUUUACAAAUACAAACUAUUGCUGCCACGAGAAAGAAAAAAUUUAGAAAUACAAAAUCCAAAUUUCAAUCAUUUUUGAUAUUUUCAAAAUUCAUGAGCGACCUAUGAGAUUUUUUUAUCUGGCUAAUUUUUGGAGAGACUUCUUAAAACUUCGUAAGCCAACAAAUUUUCAUUCAAGGUGAAAAAA